AUGCCUAAACGAAAACGAGGCGUUUACGAGACUAUCAGUAGCAGUCCGAAUAUGUUAGUAAAUAUACCUCACGAUGUGGUGAUAGAUCAGAUUCUUGAGAAACUUCCGGUGAAAUCACUAUUGAGAUUUAGAGCUGUGUCGAAACAAUGGAGAACUGAAAUAGAGUCCCCACGUUUCCAGGAGAGAAAUCUGAGACAUCAGCAGAAAUCUCGAGACCCGAGCAUCCUGAUAUGUCAUCCUAGGCUUGAAAAACGUGGAAAAGCUUCUCUUAGGUUAUUGAGUGUGGGAGCAACGUUAGUUUCGGAAGAGAACCAUAUUCGUUACCCUGUCGCUUCGAAAAGGGAAAUUAACGUGAGAACUACACGGAGUUGUGAUGGUCUGGCUUGCCUAUAUUCAAGCACCUUCAUGUAUGUGAUCAAUCCCGCAACUAGAUGGCACCGUAAACUCCCCGAGGCGAGAUUUCAAACACUUGCUCAGCUUACAUAUAACCGCUUUCGACGCCCUUUCUUGGGAUUCGGUAAAGACAAUAUCACAGGGACGUACAAGAUUGUUUGGUUGUACAACUCUCAUUGUGUAUACCUAGACGGGAAAAUUAAUACAUGCGAGGUUUUCUCUUUCGAGAACAAUAACAACACUUGGAGGCAUGAUGUGAUUGUUUCUUGUCCUUAUCCGAUCACUACAUGA